AUGACAACCAGAACCAUUUCACUCAUCACAUCUCGAAAUAGCGAAACUCAAAGAGCGCACUUUGCAAUCUUUGUCCCUACCGCUCAAGACCACGAAAAUGGAACAUUGAUUCAAGCCGUCGGUGCACCGAUGGUGGGGUACUUCCUAGAAUUCAAGCGGAAUUAUUCCCCCGCUGAUUCGAUUGAGAAAUACACCGUCUUUCCGAUCGGUGAGAUAGAUUCAGGCAGUAUAGUUGAUCCGACACCUGGGUUGAAAACAAGUGACUCAGAUCCUAUCGGGAUUAUAGAGGUUGCUGCGACCGAGAUUCCUACACCGGGAAUUAGUGAGAACUUUCUUGCUCCUGUGAACGAUAUUACGAAUAAACGAUGUCAGGAAUGGACGAUGGAGUACAUUCGUCAUCUUGUUAGCAAGAAACUGAUCGGAUCAGAUGCUAUCCAGACAGUUCAAUCUAAACGAGAUCCGCCAAGUCAUGGCGUCGGUCUACAAUCUACGACUAUACGAUGA